AUGGGUAGCGCGCGGGGCCCCAGCGGAGCUCCGCGAUCCGCUGGCGCGCGGGCGGCUGGCGGGGCAACGGGGGCCUUCGGCGGAACCGGCAUCGGCGGAGUGGGGAGGGACGCGGGGAAGGGCGCAGCGGGGAAGACUCCGCCGAAACGCCCCCUGGCGCGGCGGCUGCGCGGGAAGAAAACCGAGGAAACCCUAGCGAAGGAGAUAGGCGUGGUGAUGGUGCAGCUGGGGAAGCUAGAACCGGGCGGAGAGCGGAAAGUGCGGCAUGUGCUACGGAAAUACGCCAAGUGCUUUGGCCCGGAGUGCGUUUUGGGUGCUCUGAAUGAGCUUAUGAGACGGAACGACGUGGACCGUACGAUCGAGGCGUUUGAGUGCAUCCGGACCGCCCACUGGUUCGAGCCGGAUCCGAUGCUGUAUGCGCGGAUGAUUGAGGUGCUGUCUCGGAAUUCGCGCACUGACACUGCUGCUGCGCUCUUCGCCUCUAUGGAUGGGGGCCCUGCUGUGCCCCUGACUGGCGGAAUAGCCAUGCUCGUGGGCGCAGGGGGGGUUGGGGGAAGCGGUGGGGGAGGGGCUGGGAGGGGCAGUGUGAGGGAAGGUGUGAGGGAGGGUAUGAGGGCGAAUGGUUGGGAUUCUGGCAGUGAUGGCGAUCAUUCCAGCGGUGAUGACGUGGAUGGGUCGGGUGAUGAGCUGGCACCGGGGUAUGAUGACGAGGAUGAUGACCCCGACGGGGAUCGGUGGGGCACGAGCAAAGGGCGACGGAGGCGACUCAAGAAAAAAGCCGCUGCUGCUGCUGCCAGUGCAGGUGUAGGUGGAGGGUGGGCAAGCAGAGUAGGCAGAGGAACAGGACGCGGCGCCGCAGGUGCAGGAGGUGCAGGGGGGGCAGGGGGAGGAGCGGUAGGAGCACACACAUCAGCAGCGGCGGCAUUGGCGCGGUUACCGCGGUUGAAGGCGUGUGUGCGCACACCAUCAGUGUAUGCAGCGAUGAUCGAGGCGUAUGGCCGCCGCCACCAAGCCACGGCUGCUCUUGCCCUGCUGCACCAGAUGAAGGCCAGUCCGGGUUGUGCACCUGAUGCUGCGGCCUAUGGGUCGGCAGUGAAAGCACUAUGCUUGGUGGGGCGCACAACGGAAGCUGAGGACCUGCUGGCGGACAUGGCGCACAGGGGCGUGCUGCCAGACGCCACGCCCUUCAACGCGCUGAUAGACGCGUAUGGGAGUGCGGGGCAGCUGCAGUUGAUGCGAGACAAGUUCUUUGAACUCACCAGUGUGGGUUUGAGGCCGGACGUGCGCACUUUCAACGGACUUAUCAAGGGGUUUGGAAGAGCCGGCUUGUUAUUGGAGAUGGAGGCGGUGUUUGAGAACAUGCAGGUGGGGUACCGCACUGCACCGAACGUGCACACCUUCCACGCGCUCAUGGACGCUUAUGGCGCCCACGCCCUGCGAUGCCUGCACCGCCACGACAGCAUGGGAAACGAGUGGCUUGAGUCGCAGCAUGAGGCCACGGAGCAGGAGCAGCAGCAGGGGAGGCGGAUUGACGGGAGGCAGCAGGACGAUGGGCAGAACGGGCAGGAACAGCGAGAGUGGGGGCAGCAGGAGGGGAAGGCUGGAGGGUUUAAGAGGGGGAGAGGGGAUGAUGAAGGAGCGGAGGGGCAGCAAGGGGGGAGGCAGCGGGGUGCAGAGCGCAGGCGGGGUGUGUUUGAGCGCAUGCAGCGCACGCUGCUGCAUCUGGUGAAGAUGCGUUAUCGAUUGCACGUCGAGUCGUUUGAACUGCCCCUCAAGUACCUGGCGCAGGCGGGUAUGGUGGAGGAGAUGGAGAAGGUGUUUCGGCUGAUGAGAGCCAUAGGCGUGCGCCCCACAACCACCACCUUCACCCUUCUCGCUGACGCCUACAGCGCCGCCGGGCAGCCCAAACAAAUCCUGCGCCUGCUCAAGCAGAUGCAGUCCAUGCCCCUUGCUGCCCGAAAAGAAAACAAUUCCUCUCCCAGCAGCAGCAAUAAUGGUAUCAGCAGAAGCAGCGGCAGCAGCAGCAGCAGUGGCAGCAGCAGCAGCAGUGGCAGUGGUGAUUCUUCCAGUGCACGCAGCAGGCUGCUUGCAGCUGCAGCGGUGGCAUUUGCAUCAGCAGUGGAGAUCAAGGAGAUGGAAUGGUGCCUUAUGCAACUCCACCCUCUCAACACCACUCCUCAAUCAUCCCCUUCCUCCAAACCCACUACCUCUUCCCCUUCCUCCCCUUCCUCCUCUCCCUCUUCCCCUCCCUCCUCCCCCCCCUCCUCCUCUCCUUCCUCCUCCUCCGCGCCCUCAUCCUUUCCCCCUCCUGCCCUGGCUGAGCCAUCACGGCUGCAAGCAUGGGUGGGGGCGGGGGGCGGAGGCAUGGGGGUGGUGUCGGCAGCAGUGGAGGCAUACGCGCGGGCAGGCAUGCUCUCUCACAUGGAGGCUCUAUUCAUGGGGGCUCAGGGCAUGGGGAUGGGUGCACGGGGGAUGGGGGUGGGCGUGGCAGGAGAAGGGAGAAGUGUGGGAAGGAUGGGAGCGGCUGGUAUGGGUGUGAGUGGUCCGGCUUGGGAUGGGGUUUCAAGGGAGGGUGUUGGAGGUGGGAGGAUAGGAGAAGUGGGGAUGCGUGGGGGGGGGAUAGGUGGAAGGAGUAUGGGGGGAGGCACGAUGGGGGGAGGAAUGGUGGGUGGGGGGAUAAUGGUGGAAGGGCGAGUAUGGGGAGGGAGGGAGGGGAGGAAAUGGGAGGGGAAUGGAGGGGGGUCAAGGGGUUGGGUAGAGGAGCCUAUGGGAACAGGAAUGACAGUAGGUGGAGGAGUUGAGUACGGUGCUAAUGGUAGCUAUGGCUAUGGUGGUGAUAGGCCUGGGUACGGGGGUGAGGGUUAUGAGGGUGAUGGGUAUGGUGGAAUGGCAUAUGCUGCAGUGGCCUCUCCGAGCGGCGUGCGGCGAGUCAUGGCCUACAUGCUUCGGCACGGAGUGGCCCGCAACGAGACCACCAUCGCCGCUCUCCUCUCCGCCUGCGCAGCUGCUGCUGACGUGGCGGGGAUGGAGGGGGCUCUGCAGCGGGCGGUGCGACGUGGCAUGCUGGACACGACGCCAGCUGGCGCCUACGUGGCGCCAGCUGGAGCAGUCCGGAGCCUGCCAGCUGGCGCUUACGUGGCAGCAGCUCAGGCGUUUGGAGCUGCUGGGAAGGUGGGAAGGAUGAGGGAGAUGCUGGGAAUCGCACGACAAGUGGGGCAGGUGGGGCAGGCAGGAGCCCUUCAAAGCCACUCGGGAGAAGAUUUCAGUGCAGGUGGAAGGGGAGGUGGAGUGGCUGAGGGUAGGAGUGUGUCUCAAGUGGAUGGUCAUGGAGGUGCGGUGGGAGGAGGUGGGGAGCGGUUCUUGGAUGGGGAGAAAAGAGCAUGGGAAGCAGCAGAGGAGGUUGAGAGGGAGUGCUAUUUGACUGCCAUCGAUGCUUUUCUUGCCUCUGCUGAUAAUGGUGACGGUUCUCGUGAUAGUGGCAGUGGUGGUGUGGCUGACAGUUGGGAGGAGAAGGAGGGAGAAGGAAGAGCAGCAGGCAAGGGACGGCCCGAAGCUGCUUCGCCAGCAGCGGCUUCGGCAACAGGUUCGGCAGCCAGGGCACCCGAGGCACCGUCAGCUUUAGAACGAGCCGAGGCGCUAUUGGAGGAGAUGCACGGGCGGGGGAUGUGUGCUGAUGUGGCGACGUACAGUGCUGUGCUGGCAGCGAGGGGGCACGGGGCGGUGGUGGAGGGGGCAGCAGAGGAGGUGCUUGAGGUGGAGGCGUGGGGGAUGAGUCCGGUGGCAGUGCUUGCACUGGCGGUGUGGCUGGAGGAGCUCUGCUGGAAGAUUUCUGAAGCUGAGGAGCAGGCUCGGGAUGGUUCAAUGGCCGGCUCAGGUGGGCAUGAGUUGCUGGAGCCAUCACAAGGGCGGCGAGCUGUGAGAGACUUCAUGGCUUAUAGUGAGUCGCCUUUUAAAGCGCUCAGUAGUGAUCCGUAUGGGCGCAUGGAUGCAGAGGUGGGUGGUUUGAGGGAAUGGGUGGAUGGGAAGUGGCCUAUAGCAGGUGAUGUGGCGAAUACAACGGGAAGCGCUGCUUUGAAGCAAUUCAGGCCUGGUCUGUGGCAAGACGUGAGAAACUUUCUGCUUGCUUAUGUUGAGCUAUAG